AUGGACAACCGCGAUGGCUAUGGACCGGUCAACAACAACAUUGACGACGCAACAACGCUGCAGGGCGACCCGCGGCGCAGCUCGAUGGCGACGGAGCGCGACCAGAUGUUCGGCGGCGGAAAUGCCCUGAAAGAAGCCAGCUCGUCGGUUAUGAACGCCAUGGCGGCGCCGUCGGGGCGCACGUCGAUGAGCACAACACGCACGUCGCGGGCCAUCGAGCACUUCGACGGCAACCCCAACAUCCCGCCCUACGAGUCGAUCGCCGAGGACCCCGAGUACAACCGGGGGCCAUCGUCUAAGAAAAAGCUGCCGCCGCCCGGAUGGAUCCAUUUCCUCGACCAGUGGAACGAGUGGUGGAUCGGGGAGAUCGUGUGCGUGCUGCUGGCGCUGGGUGCCUUCGGCGUCGUCAUCUGGAUCUUCGUCGACGCCGACGGCAAGAAGCUGGCCGACUGGGGACCGUCCAUCUCGCCGAACGCCAUGGUGUCGACUUUUAUUACUAUCGCCCGCUUCCUCAUGCUGGCUGUCGUGGCUGAGUGCAUCGGCCAGCUGCGCUGGCUGUACUUCCAGCCGGCCGACCGCAAGCCGCGCGAGCUGGCCGACCUCGACCUCUUUGACGGCGCCGCGCGCGGGCCCAUCGGCAGCGUCAAGCUCCUGUUUCGCAUGCAGGCGAAGGCGUUGAUCGCGUCGUUCGCUGCGCUGGUCGUCGUCGUCGCGCUGGCCGUCGAUCCCUUCGCCCAGCAGAUCCUCUCGUUUCCGUCGCGCAUCGCCCCGCUCGCCGUCGCGGCGAACGACACCUGGUUCCCUGCUGCCCAGGCGCUGGAGGCGGACAGUGGGGUCCUCAGCUCCGCAAAUUUGCGCAAAACCAUAUUCAGCGCCCUUCUGGGGGUUGAAGAGCAACAGCCUGCCUUCGGCUGCCCGACCGGCAACUGCACCUGGGACGCCUUCGCCUCGCUGGGCCUGUGCUCCACGUGCGAGGACCUCUCCAGCUCCGUCACGCCGACGUGCGCGAACGCGUCGACCGCGGCCGACGGCGAGCAGAAUGCGUGCCCGCAGCUGACGUACACGCUGGCCGACUACCACAACCUCACCCUCGUCCUGCAGAACGGCUCGUUCGUCGAGCAGCCUCGCUCCGGCGCCCUGGCCGGCAACGCCCUGCACGACGAGCCGCUCGGCCAGCUGUACACGCUCGUCCGGAGCGUCGCGGGUGAGGCGUAUCCGGCCGGUGUCAAGGAUCCGCGGUUGUUCGAGUUCGCGGUGGCGCAGUUGGAUGUUGGGGUCGAGGAGGGUGGACAGGCGUGGGAUGCGGAUACGCUGGCCAGUCCGAAGUGGAAUGUUACGGCGUGCGCGGUUAGGUGGUGUGCGAAGGUUUAUGAGGAUGUUGAAGUGAGAAACGGCCAACUCAUGAACGCCGAACCCCGCGACGUAGAACUCACGGCCAGCUCCUCCAGCGACUGCUGGUCGAGCUCCACCUGCCAGGAAUUCCAAGCAACCAACUCAUCCACCAACUCCUCCAGCGCCGACUCCAACUCGACCUCGACCUUCACCAUCGCCCUCACCAACGACACCACCUCCCCCUUCGCCCAAAUCCUCUCCGCCGACUUCAACAUCACCCUCAGCACCAACCGCACCAGCCCCACCGACACCGACGAAGCCGCCCAAAUCACUGCCGCCAACAACUCCCCCACCACCGCCCUCUACUGGCAAACCGACAUCGCCACCGCCUUCAACACCCUUGCCGCGUCCUUCUCCAACCUCAUCCGUUCCACUUCCUCCUCCUCCUCGACAUCGAACUCAACAACCUCCCCCGCAACCAACUCCUCCCUCGCCUUCGGCACCCCGCUCGCCUACCAGACCUUCAUCGCCGUCUCCUGGCCUUGGUUCGCCCUGCCGGCCCUCAUCAUGGCCUGCGGCGUGGUGUUGUUGGUCGUCUGCGUCGUGCUGACGCACCUGAAGGGCCGCGAGAAGGUCAUGUGGAAGGCGAGCAGCCUGCCGCUGCUGCUGCUCAGCCCGCCAAGGGGCGAGUGGCGCGAGGAGGAGUGGCGGAAGGGGAGGGGGAAGGGGAGGGUGAGCGUCGUGACAAGGACGAUGCAGGCGAGGUUGGGGGCGGAUGAGAAGGGGGUUGUGCGGUUUGUGAAGAAUUGA